AUGUCGGCGAAUGCAACUGUGCUCUGCGCCUACAACAACGUGCCGGGCUGCGCGGCCGACUACACGUCGCUCCUCGUCCAGACGCCGUCGUGGGAGGUCAUUGUCGGAGCGAUCGGCAUGUUCUUGAUGGCGUUUGCGACCGGUGCCAACAACAUUGGUAACACCAUGGGCAACCUCGUCGGUUGCAAGGUGCUGCCGCUGCGCCAAGCGCUCAUCAUCGGCGGUCUCGCGGACUUUCUCGGUGCGAUUUCGCUCGGUUACAGCUUUAAAGACGCGAUUGCGACCAAGGUCGGCUCUCUCCUCGAGAGCAACGGCAGCCCCGACGGGUCGUGCUGGCAGCAAGGCUACACCAACUCGCUCCAGUACGAGUACGCCAACGGUAUGUUUGCCGCGCUCUUCUCUGGCGCGACGUUCGUGUUGAUUGCGACGGCCUUCAAGAUGCCUGUGUCGGCGACGCACUCGGUCAUUUGCGGUGUCAUUGGCAUGACGCUCCUCAACGUCGGCAGCGACUGCUUCAACCUCUCGGUGCUCAACGGUAUCUUCAGUAUCGUGCUCUCGUGGGUGCUCGGCCCGCUCUUCGCCGGCAUCAUCUCGGUGCUCGCGUACCAUGUGACCAACCGCGCGAUCAUCAACUCGUCGUCGCCGCGCCAGCGCUCGCUCAUGUUCCUCCCGCUCUUCUACGCCCUUGGCGUCUUCUCGGUCGCCGUCAUCAUCUUCUCCAAGUCGCGCAUCCUCGUCGACAUCUCCGACUCGCCGACGAUCCAGGACAACCUCCUCGGUAUCGCGAUCGGAGUCGGCGCCGGCUUCGCGCUCAUCGUCGCCGCCGUCGUGAGCAUCUUCCUCGUGCCGCAUGUCCGCAACCUCUGCCCGUCGUUCGCCAAGGCGGCCGAGAUGCAAACCGAGGCCAAGCUCCCGACCGUCUCGCCGUUCGCGCCGUGCACGGAGCUCGGUGUGCGCGAGUACACGGCGCUGACGUCGCUCCAGUUCUCCAACCUCAUGCACAUCCGCGACGACUAUGUGUGCACGCUCGGCGACGACCAGAUCAACGCAGUCGGCCGGACGUCCAUGGAGCUCAUUGCGGACGCGUACUGCCUCACAGACGAGCAGAUUGACGCGCACUUUGCUAUGAAGUACGCGCUCCUCUUUGCCUCGAUCCUCGGCUCGUUCCUCCACGGAGCGACCGACGUCGGUAACUCGACGAUCCCGAUGCAGAUCAUCUACACGAUCUCCAAGGAGGCGUACAGAGCUAACGACGCUGGUGUCCAAGUGCCCGCGAGCUACUCGGAGUGGGACGCACCCUACUGGAUGUUUGUCGUGGCCGGCAUCGGUGGUCUCGUUGGUAUCAACCUCUUUGGCCGGCCCACCAUGGACACGAUGGCCCGCGGCCUCUCGAUCGUCAACGUCCACCGCGGUUUCUGCAUGGAAAUGGGCACGAUCGUGACGCUCGCCCUAGCGAACGUGCUCCGUCUCCCCGUCUCGUCGACGUACUGCGCCGUGAGUUCGGUUGUCUGCGUCAGUCUCGCGCACUAUGGAACGCAGCACCUCGAGAAGAAGCGUCUGCUCCUUGUCGUCAUGACGUGGAUCCUCACGCUGCCCGUCACGAUGGGUCUCUCGGCCGGCCUCGCUGCCGCCAUGAACAGCGCGCUCCAAAAGUAG